AUGGCUACCAAUCAAACAAGUAAUCAGUUACACAAGUUCGAUCCAACUUUAUUCGACUGGAAUGAAUGGGAAAUUCUUUUCGACACAUAUUUGGCUGUAGAAGGUGUUUCGGACGAUUCGAAAAAAAGGAAUUUACUCAUUACUUCGUUGGAUGUUCAACCUUUCAAAACAUUAGUUUCAAUUUGUAAACCGAGCAAACCUACGACACUUACUUACUUGGAAGUAAUUACGAAACUUCGUACAAAUUACGCGAAAGUUACUUUCUCUUCAACUGAACGUAUCAAAUUCUUUGCUUUAAAACAAGAAGUUUCACAAUCAUUAACUGAUUUUGCAAAUAUUCUUCGAAAUAAAGCAACAGCAUGUGAUUUUCCAGCUGUUUUCUAUGAACAAGCUUUGAUUACCGCUUUUGUUGGUGGUCUUCGUGAUAAACAUGUUCGAAAACAUAUGAUGCAGAAGAAUCUGAAAACAAUGGAAGCAACAAUCAAUUCAGCCAAAACGAUCGAAUCAGUUUUGAUUGAAGGUGCAUCUACUCAAGGUCGUACAUCAGAUGAAUUGGAAGUUAAUAAAGGUCAUAAACAGGAUAUUCAAGAAGCAAAUUCGAAUCAGAAAAUUGCUUGUGCAAGUUGUGGAUCACACGAUCACGCACGUUCCACUUGUCGUUUUCGAAAACUUAUAUGUCGCACUUGCAAGAAACAAGGACAUAUCGCAAAAGUUUGUCGGUCAUCAACAAGUGAUGACGAGAAAACGAUAAAUUCGGUGUUGGUAGCAACUGUUCAAAAUGGAUCAUCGAAUCAAUCAUACGAAAUCCAAAUGUCGAUCGAUGAUAUUCCAGUUACAUUGCAGUUGGACACAGGAUCUCCAAGAACACUUUUAACUGAAUCGGUCUGGGUAAAUAUGGGAAAACCACGGUUGAAACGAAUUCAAAUGGGGUUGCAUAGUUUUACUGGGCACCAACUUACGUUAAAAGGAGAGAAAACCGUUAAUGUAGAGUACAACGGCAAAUCAAUACAAUUACCGGUAUUUAUUGUUAAUGGUUUUGCAAAUAAUAUUCUUGGUCGUGAUUGGAUUUAUGCAUUAAAUCUUAAUGCACGAUCGUUGAAUGAGAUUGCAUCUAUGAAUUCAUUGCCCGAUAUGGAUUUAGAUACUCAAAAUUUGAGCAAUAUGGUUAUUGAUUAUAGUGAUGAAUUGAAACGUGGUUUGAUAUGUGACGGAGAUCAAGCUGAAUUACACAUCAAACACCUGAUCAAGUAA